CUGUCCUCAGGGGAUGACCGAGGCGGAGGAGGACAAGCUGCUGGCGCUUAAAGACUUCAUGCUGAAAUCCAACAAGGCCAAAGCCAACAUGGGCGAGCAGAGUCACCUGGGCGAGGCGGCCCAGACCGGCGUCAUCGACCUGGCCACGCUCGGCAUCACGGGCCGGCAGGUGGACCUGGUCAAACCGAAGGCCGAGGCCGAGGACAAGAGAGAGUCCGCCGCUGCAGUAUCUGGUACAUCGUUUCAUAUGAUUUUGUUUGAAGUGAUACGCACGCUUGCUGUGAAAGUAACCGCUCAAGGUCCCAUGAAAUUAAAAACAUCUUCCUCCAUGUUGGUUUCUCAUGUUCCCGCUUUCUGCUCCACCGUGUCAUUGUGAGCCAAAGUCCUUUUUUUUUUUUUUUAGCCCCUUUAAUUGUUUUUGUGCUUCUUCUGGAAGUUUAAAUCCAUUGAGCUUCAAACCACAGGAUAAAAUUCAGAUCUCUGAGCUGUUUCAUGGGACCUUCAAAGUCUGAGUCAAGAGUCUGAUUCUGCAUAUAAGUGUGUAAUCUCUGUUUAAGUGCUAACAGCUGCAUCCUGGUGCUGUUUUUUUUCAUUUUCUCAACUGUUUCUAAUUCCAAUAAUUUAGCUGUGUGACACUAAAAAAGUCCCACGAGAUAACCCACAUCUAACUACCCACAGUUUGUCCUGAGGGUGGUGCUGCAGGGAAGGACAAACGUUGUGUACAAGUUUACAGCAAUCUGACCUGUUGUUGCUUCAGAAGUAAGAGGACUGAAUGUGGAGCUGAAAUAAUGAUUCAGUUCAUCAGUCGGCAAAACGUUUUUUAAGCAGAAAUACAAAAAAAAGAACUAGUGGAUAUAAACAAAAGCAGCCCUGUGGAUGAAGGACUGACUGAUCCUUCAAACAGUUAGUGUAGAACUGGGGCAGGCAGGUUGUUUUGAAUCCCAGAUUGAAGAAAAUAAUCUUUACUGAAGCUUCAGAAGGAAACAGACGAGUCCGUCUGAGAGGAUUUACUUUCUUUUCUGAUCUUUUUAUGUAGUUGUCCUCUGGUGGAUAAAAGCCUAAUCCACUCAGUGAAGGGCUUCCAGGUGUUGUCAAAGGAUUGGCUUGAGUCUUUUCAGUAGGUGUGGGUAAAAAUAGGGAUUCAUCAAUGCAUUGCAAUAUAUUUUUUCCCAAUUCAAUAUCGAUUCAUUAAAUCCUCUGAAUCGAUUCAAGCCCCUGGCCAGUGGGGGCGCGUGGAGCAACACCUUUGUCUGAUUUUCAUUGCACAACAACAACAUGGCAACCAAAGCAGGUGCGACAGUGUUCAACCAGCCGCCUUCCACUUAAAAGCAGUGUAAACCCGGAACCACAGGAAAUAGACAGAAUUAAGGUAGUGUUUAAGCUGUGCCAGCAGAACUAAAAUACUGCAAUAGCACACAACAACUUUGCGCAACCACUUAAGCCGACACCAUGCAGACGCUCUGCAGCAACCCGCGGCUCAAACCUGUGGAUUCAAAACAGACGCAACUCGACAGAUCCUUCCUUUGCAAACUGCCGCCAAACUCUGCCCGCGCACAGAAGAUAACGGAGUCUGUGGCCGUCUUCAUU